UAUUGUGGGUGGAGACAAACUCGAUCUUCACCGGCUUUUCUACGAGGUCACAUCACGAGGUGGUCUUGAAAUGGUGAUUAAGGAUCGUAGAUGCAAGGAAGUGAUGGAUGCAUUCCAGUUUAAGAAAACAGUUUCAAAUGCAGCAAGUGUUCUAAGGAAACAUUAUCUUAAAAUGCUGUUUGAGUUUGAGCAUAUGUAUUACUUCAACGCUCCACUUGCUGAGUUUCCAAAGAGAGAGAAAGCAUUGAUGUGCCUUGUUGAUAAAUCAUCAAACAAAGACAUGGACAUUGAAGAAGCGAAACCUGGUUUGGUGUUUAAUGGGAUCAUCGAUGGGAAAUUCGAAAGCGGGUAUCUUGUAACUGUGAAGAUGGGCUCGGAAGAGUUCAAAGGAGUAGUUUUCCACAUGCGUGAUCAAGCGCCUCCUGAAACUCCAAGACGCAAGAAGAAGAGAGCUAAAACAUCUCAUGAUUAUGAAGAGAAAAUUCUUGAGAAGAAGAAGAGGGUUAACAUGGAAACCGUAGCUGUGACCAAUGUUGCAAAAACUCUUGCCGCCACCAAUGCAGCUGAAACUGUUGAUGCGACUGUUAAAACGGAAACUAUAGCUGAAAUGGAUGAAGCGGAGAAUGUAGCUGCUACUGUUGAAACUGGAACUGUAGCUAAGAUCCAAGCUGUAGAAACUGUAGUUGUCACCAAUGCAGCGGUAACUGGAGCUGCGACUGAUACAACAGAAACUGUAGCUGCGACUGAUACAACAGAAACUGUAGCUGGGAUGGAGGUAGUGGAAAUUGUAGCUGGGACUGAAUCAGUGGAAACUGUAGCUGCUACCGAGGCAAUGGAAUUUGUAGCUGGGAUGGAGGCAGUUGAAACUGUAGCUGGGAUGGAGGUAGUGGAAACUUUAGCUGGGACUGAGGCAGAGGAAAUUGUAGCUGCUACCGAGGCAAUGGAAACUGUAGUUGCCACCGAUGCAUCGGAAACUGUAGCUGGCAUCGAUGCAGCUGCAAGUACAAGUGAGUAAUGAUUCUGGAUGGUUGUCUUCUUUGUUUGGUGUUAUAUUAUAUUUUCUUUUACGAGAACUUUUGGUUUCUUGGCUUUAGGCAACUAUUUCAUUCAAACUGUGUCUUUUCGUUUUUGUUUAAACUUUAUUAUUAUUAUAAUUCUGCAAUCUUAAAUGCCAUAAAGACAUGAAUAUUUGGUUAUAUUUAUUUAAUUUUUUUUUAUCAUC